UCUAGUCAACCGAUUUUCGAACUGGAUUUAGGAUUCUCGAAAUUCUUACAAAUUUCUCUUCAUUUCACUUCUCUCUUCUAAACGAUUCUGACAUUUCUCAAUGAAUUGUGAAUUGAUAUUUUCGGCUGUCAAAAUUUCUUCCCGAUAAAACAUGGCUCUGGUGCGAGGAGUUGUCGCAAUCCUUAACCCCAAAAAUCUCAAGUUUCUAGAAUGUAGGAGACUACACCAUUUACGAAGUCGCGAGCUUAGUUAUUGUUUAAAUUGCCGGAGUAAAUUCCAAAGUGUGGGAGCGAAUGUCCUCGCGGGAAAAGUGGAAAAUUCGGUUGUGCGUAGCAAACUAGAUUCUCGGGCGUUUCACACAUCAGGACGACAACAAAAGAAUUACUAUGAAAUUCUCGGCGUUGCGCGAAACGCCUCGGCCAAAGACAUAAAGAAGGCAUAUUAUCAGCUGGCCAAGAAGUACCAUCCCGACACCAACAAGGACGACCCGAACGCAAGCAAGAAGUUCCAGGAAGUGUCCGAGGCCUACGAAGUGCUGAGCGAUGAUACAAAACGUCGUGAGUACGACACGUAUGGGCAGACAUCCGAGCAAAUGGGUCGCUCGGGUGGUGGCAGUGCCCGUGGUCCGCAGGGUUUCUCGCAAGACUGGCAGUUUCGAUCAACGAUCGAUCCGGAGGAGCUCUUCCGGAAAAUUUUCGGCAACGCCAAUUUCCGUGGCGGUUCUUUCGACGAUUUUGCGGAAUCUACAUUUGGGUUCGGCAGUUCGCAGGAGGUGAUCAUGAAUUUAAGCUUUUCGCAAGCGGCGCGGGGUGUUAACAAAGAUGUGAAUAUAAAUAUUGUGGAUACAUGUCCAAAGUGCAGUGGAUCCAAGUGCGAGCCAGGAACGAAGCCAGGCAGGUGUCAGUACUGCAACGGCACCGGAAUGGAGACAAUUUCUACUGGUCCAUUUGUGAUGCGAAGUACGUGUCGAUAUUGCCAGGGAACGCGGGUGUUUAUCAAGUACCCGUGCACAGAGUGCGAGGGGAAAGGCCAGACGGUCCAAAGAAAAAAAGUAACUGUGCCCGUUCCCGCCGGUGUAGAAGAUGGCCAGACAGUUCGGAUGAACGUAGGCAGCAAGGAAGUGUUUAUCACAUUCAAAGUUGAAAAGAGUAGAUACUUUAAACGAGAAGGUGCUGACGUACAUACAGACGCAAAUAUAUCUCUCUCACAAGCCAUUUUAGGCGGUGUUAUAAGAGUUCAAGGAGUUUACGAAGAUCAAAUGAUACAGAUACCUGCCGGCACAUCUUCCCACACACAAAUUUGCCUAAGCGGAAAAGGUUUAAAACGAGUUAAUUCAUAUGGACAAGGAGAUCAUUAUGUACAUAUUAAGAUCGCCGUUCCUAAAAAACUGUCACAGAAACAGAAAGCACUUAUGCAGGCAUAUGCUGAACUGGAGGAAGACACGCCCGGACAAAUUCAUGGAAUUGCUUUUAAAUCAGAUGGCACGAAAGAAUCAAUUGACGGUUUAACAGAGGCAAUUCGGCAAAUCUUAAAGUCAUCACAAGACACCGCUUCAAAAGAUAGCCAAUCUACUACAUCUUUAUCAGAAGGCUCAACAACGGGAUCAAAGGAUGAGGGCAAAAAAGAGGAUUCAGAAGAAAGUAUACAAAAACGGCGGAAAAUAUAACAUGCAUAACUUAAUCAAAACCUUGUUUAAGUAGUAAUAACAAAUUUAGGUCGUAAUCGUUCAGAGCAGUCGUCUAGAAAAUCUACACGAACAUUAACUCGGUGAAAAUGACCAUGCAAAAUGCGUUAUAGAUCCUUGUAUCGCGUCUAUGUUUAUUUUCGAUCGAUAAGAUUGGGAGGCUUUUAUGAUCUAGUUUAGUUACGAUUGUCCGCAUAAACGCGCAGUGUGGUUAUAUCAAUUGAUAUUUCGUAACAUUUUAAACAUAGUUUGCCAUCGGUCUUUUGAUGAUGCGAUUUUGCGGACAAUCCUUUAGAAUGGAAUGUGAAUAUAAUUGAUGUAUAUAAGGUGCUUUGUGAUAAAACUGACUGUUUGAUCAGAGAGUUUGUGGAUGAGAAGAUAAUAUUAAACGUUUUUGUUAAUAGCCUUCAGUAGAAAUGGAUGAUUUUAUUAAGAUAUAUAUGAACGGACAUGUAUUCUGGCCUUUCCGUAUUAUAUUGAUUCAGGAGGUGCAAAUUUGUAGCAGGUUUGGUGGCAUUGUUACAAAUAAACAUUGGAAAAUAAACAGUCGAUUGUCUGCAA